CCAACAUCCAGUCAUUAUAGAGAAGUAAUACCUACAGUACCUACUAUACUUAUAGGGAAGGGAAAGGGUAUCCGUCAUCCAACAUACAGACUAUUCUUAUGUCUAAAUUUCUUCUAAACUUCGAACAAUAAAAAAGUUAUAUGUUAUAAAUACACUACAGAGCUUAGAUAAAUGAAGGAUAUAUAUAGAAAAGUGCAGCUGAUGGAUAUUCCGAUAAUUGUAAAGCGAGAUGUAAAAUAUUUACUUCCAAUCGGCAAUCACAUGUAGCACAUUAGGCGGCGUGCAUUAACAUGGAUGAAGAAGAUGAAUAUAUUGAAAAUACUUGGACUUAUAUCACAUUGUGCGGUGAACCCACGCUAUAUGAUGGACUCAGGUUCGCCAAAGAUUUAAUCAUAGCCAAUAUAUUUUUACGCAUUAUCAUACAGUACAUUUCUAUGCCUCACAAUGUGAGACACAGUUUGUCUUUCGUUUUUGGAAGUUUUCUUCUUUAUUACAAUAUUGGCUGGGCUCUUAUUUGGAUUUAUGGCCUUACCUUCGGCACUUAUGUGGUAAUUCUUUGUUUAUCAAUUUUAACAAAAAAAUGUAGAGGAUUUUGUGUAUCUUUUUGUGUAAUAUUAUUUUUAUUAUUAUGUGAGUUAUAUUUAAUAAAUCCAAAAACUUGGCAACAAAUAAGAGGUAUUCAAAUGAUAGCAGCAAUGAAAGUAAUUUCUGUAGCUAUUGAGUUAGACAGAAAUUUGUUUAAACAAAUGUUAAAUCCACUUGAAUUUGGUGGGUAUAUACUAUGCCCUGCUAAUUGUAUUUUGGGUCCAUGGAUAUCUUUUCACUCUUAUGAUCAAUAUCUUAAUGUAAAAUUUUUGACUAAGAGAUGGGUGCAGAUAAUUCUAUUUAAUCUUUUUAUUUCAAUGUCGUGUUUAGUUUUAUCUAACUGUAUAGUGCCUUGGUACAUAGAUGAUAAUGUGAGUAAAUGGUUAACUGCUUAUCGUGAUGCUCAAGCAUUCAGAAUGUCUCAUUAUUUUGUUUCAAGUAUGUCAAUUGUUUCAAUGACAAGUGCAGGAUUUGGAUUAACUAAUAAUUGUCACUCAGAUAUACAAGUUACAAAACCAUUCUUUAUUGAGCUACCAAGGUCACUUGUCCAAGUUGUUAUAUUUUGGAAUAUACCAAUGCAUCAAUGGUUAAAGAAUUAUGUUUUCAAAACUUGUCAACCAUAUGGUCAAUUUAUGUCGAUACUUACAACUUAUGCAGUAUCAUCUUUGUUGCAUGGCUUUAAUUUUCAAUUUUCGGCAGUAUUACUCAGUAUUGGGACAUUCUCCUAUGUUGAGUAUAACUUUCGUUAUAAAGUUGCAUUGGCUUUAGAAGUUUGUUGUUUAGCUAACCCAUGUCUCAAACAAUGUGAACACAAAUAUAAAAAGAACAGUCUCUUAGCUGUCUUUGUAAACACAUUAUUUUCUGUUUUAACCAUCAUACAUCUAGCUUACCUUGGAGUUAUGUUUGAAGCCUCCUUUUCUGUUCAAGAAUCAGGAUAUUCAUUUUAUCAUACUAUUAAUAAAUGGGAAAACCUUAAUUAUUUUAGCCAUGGCCUUGCGGCAUUUAUGUAUUUAGUUUUUUUAAUGAUGUGAUAUUAAUUAUAUAUUAUCCGAUAAUAACUAAAAAUCUUAAUCUCUUAUGAUCUCUAUGAUGGUAUUUAUAGGUUAAUUUUAACACAUAAGCUGAAAAUAGAUUAAGUUUAAAAUGAAAGUUUAACUAGCAUGCUAAAAAUAUGAAAUCACUCAUUGGUAAAAUAUAAAUAUGUACUAUUUUACUUUAACUUUAUUAUUUAACUCUGAGAAAUUUUAAGUUGAUAAAAAAAUUAUAAUGAUUAUAAGAUAAUAGAUUUUUAAAAAAACAUUUCUUGUAACUAUGUGGUAUACCUGAACCUACACUGAUACUGUAAGGCUCAAUGUGAAUUUCAUUUAAGAAUGAACAUGAAAGAAUGUUAAUGUUUCCAACAUAUUUGCAAAAUUUUGUUACAAGUAACAAUAAUACUUUAAUUAAAUGCACAAUUAGGUAUAGACUAUCAGUAUUUUUAAUUCUCUAAUAUUCUAUUAAAAUUUUACAAUUGUAACAUAAUAUUUAAAAUCUUAUUGUGUUUAUAUAGAUUGGAUAAUUAGAUGUAUUAAAAAAUAAUGAAUAAUAUUAUGUUACAUAUGUAUCUUUCAAUCAAAUCCUAAUUAAAAAAAAGUAUUUUUGUUUAUGUGUUCAAUGCAACAUACAUUCAUCAAGCUAUUGCCUGGUACAUGUGUUAUUUCUUUAAUUUUUGUGUAUAUUGUAUGAGCUUACAUAUCAUUUAUCACAUAUUUUCAAUAAAAAAUAAAAGGAAUGUCAUUAUAAUUUUGCUAUUAUCUGUGUUAUGUUUUUUAUUAAUGGCAGGUUACAAAAGUUGGUGUAAUGUAUCAAAUACUUCCAGUUUAUUCUAUACUUAUAUAAGUUAUUUAAAAAAAAAACACUUCUCUUUAUCUACUAAAAAAUAAACUGCACAAAAACAUAGACAUAGUUUGUAUGGUAAAAUCUUAAGUAGUUGUUUUUGUCUAACAUUUCUACCAUUUACAAAAUAGUUGAUUCCUCUAACUGCCAAAUAAAACAAUUGAUUUCUUA